AUGAAUGAAAGAAAUGGAUGUGAAUGAAUGAAUGAAAGAAACGGGGAGGUUCAGUGCUGUCGGUGGAAGGAACAGAGAAGAGCUGGCAAUGCCAUCACAGAAACUGAUAGAGGCUUCGUUGAGAGGAGACAUAGAUUGCGUUGCCCAGGUUUUGACGUUAAACACAGUGGAUGUCAACUACAUUGGGACUCUGAGUUUGAGAGUCAAGUGCAUUGAAACUCUACUUAGAGAGGACGAGGCUGAUGAGGUUGAGAUCGAGUUUAGAGACUUUGUCACUGAUGUUACUCCUCUUUUUGCGGCUGCCCAUUCUGGUCACGUGGAGAUUGCCCGAAAACUUCUGUCAGCUGGAGCUGAUGUUAACCACGAGUUAUUUCGGGGAUUUGCAACUACUGCUGCAGCUCGUGAAGGUCAUUUCGUUCUUCUUGACAUGCUUCUCAAGGCUGGUGCAUCUCAAUCAGCUUGUGAGGAUGCUUUACUUGAAGCUUGCCUCUGGGGUCAGGCUAAAGCUGCAGAAUUGUUGAUCUGUUCAGAGAUGACAGGACCUAAUGUUGCCCAACAUGCACUUGUAUCUGCAAGCUGUUGAGGAUUUGUUGAUGUAGUGGCGACCUUAAUCAAGAAUGGAGUGGACCUAAAUUGCUUGGACAGGCUCCUCUUGCGUUCAUUCAAACCAGCAUUGCACGCUAAUGUAGACUGCACUCCAUUAGUGGCUGCAAUUGUGAAUCGACAAGUUUCUGUGGUCAAAUACUUGUUGGAGGCAGGUGCAAAAACUGAUUGCUAUGUAAGGAUAGGAGCCUGGUCAUGGGACAUCUUCUCUGGUGAGGAGCUGAGGGUGGGUGCAUGUUUGGGUGAGCCAUACAAUGAAGUCUGGUGUGCAGUUGAAUAUUAUGAAGCAAGUGGACAAAUUUUAAAACUUUUGCUUCAGCACCAAAUUUCAUCUCUUGAAAGUCAACAACAAGGCAGAAACCUUCUUUGCCAUGCCAUUCUCUGCCAGAAUCUGGAUGCUGUGAGGGUGCUCCUUAAUGCUGGUGCUGAUAUUGAAUUUCCUAUAAGAACCAAGAAGGGGCAUGAAUCUCGUCCUCUUCAUUUGGCUGCUAGAAUGGGAUGUGUUUUCAUUUUGAAACAAUUGAUAUUGCAUGGUUGCCAAAUUGAUUCAAGGACUGAAACUGGUGACACAGCCUUGAUGUUGGCUGCCAAAUCGGAUCAAGCUGAUUGUUUCCUUGAGCUUAUUAUUUCUGGUGCUGAUAUAGGUCUGAUCAACAAUAAUGGUGACAGUACUAUGCAAUUGGCAAAGAGAAGUGCUUUUGGAUCCUCUUUGGCCAAUAUCCUCCGGCAGGCUAUCAUCACCAGAAAGAGAAUUUGUUCCACCAAUCUUGAGGUGUUCUCGCUUCUGCACUUUGUUACAGGAAUGGGCAAUGUAGAGCUUCUACAGAUUAUACUGCAACAAUCAACGGAAGAUAUAAAUAAGCAUGAUGCUUUAGGUAUGACACCAAUUGCAGUCGCAGCAAAGGCUGGCCACACUGAGGCUUUCCGACUCCUCAUAAAUUAUGGGGCUGACAUCAGUGUCAAAAGCAGGGAUGAGCAAACAGUUGUUUCUAUCUUGCUGCAUCAUGCACAUGCCAUUGUCAUAUCCCGGUUUGAAGAGAUAUUGCUUGAUGCUGUUCUUGCUCAUAGGCUGACUGGCCACUCCGAAUUUAGAUCACUUCAUUUUGCAGCACAAAUUGGAAACUUGUCAGCAAUAGUUAAGCUUUUGGCAAUGGGAUUGCCCAUAAAUUCUGUGAAUGAAAAUGGGUAUACACCUCUCAUGCUUGCAGCGAAAGCGGGCCAUGCUGAUGCCUGCAAGAUUUUAUUGCAAAGAGGUGCAGAUUGUGGGAGUGCCAAUUUCAGAGGUGAGACAGCUUUAUCCCUCGUUAAGAGACGUAAUAAAUGUAAAGCUGCAGAAAGUGUGAUAUUUGAUUAUUUGGCUCGUUCGCAUGUGCUACUGGGUGAGGAGCUCUUCAAACACACUCGUCAGGGAAGAGGUUCACCACAUGUAAAGGUUGCUCGUAUGCUCAAAUCUGGCUUGUUGACGUGGGGAAAGUCUAGUAGGAGGAAUGUGGUGUGUAAGGAGGCUGUGGCAGGGCCAAGUGCGAGCUUUUUGAAGAAUAGGAGAGAAGUUAACGGAUGUGGGGGAAACACAGUAACCUUUAGGGUGUUAACAGAGACAGGAAGGGAGAUCCAUUUUGAGGCAGGUUCUACUUCUAGUUUAGAACUUUGGAUACGUGGUAUUAAUCUCAUCAUAAAGGAGGCAACUUCUGGAGCAUGAUUACCAAAUUUUUAUGUGGGAGUAAGAUGAGAGUUAAUGAAUGUGCAUAUGCAGAGAUUGUGACUGUUUUUCCCCUUUUUUGUUUUCUUAUUGUCAAUCCCAAAAUAAUAGAGAGGAAUAUCACAAAUAGGGCCAUUGCGACACCCAUCAUAGCAGUAGUUCCUCAUUCCUCAUCCAGGAGCUACUUAACCAUAUUCUGAAUUCAAUGGUUUGAAUAUAUCGCCUACAGCAGUUCGACUUCAGCAUGCCAAAAAUCUUGCUUCAAGUCAAUGUGAAGGAGACCUGUGUCCUAUGAAGUCGAAUACAGCAACUAUCCAGCCGAAGACAGGCCAAUUUUCCAAAUUUAGUCUCUCUGUUGCUGUAGGUUCUCUUUCUGAAGGUGGAAUGUAAGUUAAUUAGUACAGCCUAGCCAUUACAAAGAAAAUCUGAGUGUAAUUAGAUUACCCGGCUAGCUGCUGUACAUUAAAAGUGUGUUAAAGAUCGAUUUUUUAGAGCCCAUACAUAUAUGUUUAUUUUUUUUAAGCUAUUGUGUACAACCAAGCAUGUCAAUUCCCCCCUGGCUCCGCAAGUGUUAGUUACCUUAUUCUGGAAGAAUUUAAGAAGUAUCCGUGAGAGCUUGCUAGUUUUAUGA